GGACAUUUUAGUCAGCUGCACAAGCAUGUGCAUGAGUCGAGCGGAUGACAGGGCUUUCUGACCAAAACGGUAUUUUCAUCAAAGUUUUGAUGUCGAAAGAGGUAUGGAACACCCGGCUUGUAUUUUGGAGGAAUUGAAGCAGUUUGUCGUAAAGGACGCCCCACCGACGGUGUAUUACAUCCCAGAUUUCAUAUCGGAAGAUGAGGAGUCCUACCUUCAACAGCAGGUGUAUAAAUCUCCCAAAACUAAAUGGACUCAGCUGUCAGGCAGACGGCUUCAGAACUGGGGAGGGUUACCACAUCCCAAAGGCAUGCUGGCAGAGAAGAUUCCUGACUGGCUCCGGACCUACUGCGAGAAGAUUUCCUCUCUAGGUGCAUUCAGUGGGAAAACCGCCAACCACGUGUUGGUGAACGAGUAUAAACCAGGGGAAGGGAUCAUGCCUCACGAAGACGGCCCUCUGUACCACCCGACCGUCACCACCGUCAGCCUGGGCUCUCACACCUUCCUUGACUUCUACGCACCCAUCAGCAGCCAGGAGGCCGCUGAUGCACCGCAGACGGAGGAGAGCCGCUUCCUCUUCUCCCUGCUGGUGAAGCCGCGCAGCCUUCUCAUCCUGCAGGAUGAGAUGUACCAGCGUCUCCUCCACGGCAUCCGGCCCCGCGCCCAGGACACGCUGACAGACAAGGUGGUGAACCGGUCUGCUGCCGGGGCCGUGCCAGGAGAGACCCUGACCCGAGGAACCAGAGUGUCACUGACCAUACGACACGUGCCCAAAGUUAUGAAGAUGAAGCUUGUACUGGGGAGGAAAUGAAGAAAUACUGCACGUUGGCAUGCUAGUUUGUUAUAAUACUACACGCUGCGUUUGCCACGGACACCAUCGAGCAUACGAUCAAUGGGACUGUCUCCUCCAAGCUGCUUCAUUCCCAUUAUGUGUUUAUAAUAGAUCACUUCUAGCUUUGUUAAAUAUCUGUGCUGCCACAAGUGAUCUCACUGCUGCAGUAACAUUUCUGGACAUUAUCAAAGGCAACAUUACAAAGAGGGUCGCAACUAGAAAUUGUUUAAACUAUGGAUUCAUCUCUUAAAGUGCCCAUAUUAUGAAAAAAACACUUUUUCUGGUA